AUGAUGGUUCAGGACUUGUGGAUGUCGGACAAGAUAGAGGAGAUGUUCAAUGAGAAAAAGAAUAGAUACGCUCUCCAGCAGAUUGUUGCAUCCAAUCCGUCGUCCUUGGCGUUGAGGGAUGUGACAUAUUGUGUGCAAAGGCGCAUCGGACCAUGGUGGAAAGGGUUGUGCUGUCGGUCAAAACAACCGAAAAAAGUCCUUCGAAAUAUCAACCUCCACUUUGGAGAGGAACUCACAGCCAUUCUAGGAAGUUCUGGUGCCGGGAAGUCAUCCUUGCUGGAUAUUCUUUCUUUGCGUGUUGAUGGCAAGGUGACAGGGUCAGUGGUCCUGAAUGGCCAAAAAUGUACAGAAAGCAACACAAGGGGAAACAUUGCCUACGUGAUACAAUAUGAUCGUCUACUUCCUAACCUAACAGUGAGAGAGACUCUGACCUACGCCGCGUACCUUCGGAUGCCAGGAGACUCGACACAUCAACAAGUGGAAGAAAAGGUUGACAAAAUAAUACAUCAGAUGGGAUUGUCCACUGUCGCUGAUACCAAGAUUGGGGGUACCAUUGUCAGAGGAAUAUCAGGAGGCGAAAAGCGUCGAGUGACCAUCGGUGUACAACUACUUCAGGAUGCUAAAGUUCUCUUGCUGGAUGAGCCUACUACUGGACUAGACAGCUGUACAGCCAAGUCCCUAAUGAGUAGGCUACGAACAAUAGCCGAGUCUGGAACCUCAGUAUUGGUGACUAUUCAUCAGCCGGGGUCAGGUCUCUUUCAGCUCUUUCACAAGAUUUGCCUACUGAGCAACGGCGUUUUGGCUUUUGCUGGAACUCCAAGCGAAAUGUUGGAUUUCUACACCAAUGCAGGCUUCCCUUGUCCUAAAUUUAGUAAUCCCCUCGACUUCUACGUUGAUCUGGUGAGUGUUGAUAGACGAGACAUGAAACGAGAGCAAAAGAGUGAGGACGUUUUAAAAGAAUUAAUGAAUCAAUUUUUGUCAUCUCCCGAACACGCCACUUUAAACAAAAAAGUGUACGCGGACAACACAAAUGAUGAUGACUGGCAGCAAUCGUCCGUCCGCAGUCCGACUCCUUUUCGGAUACUGACAACACUCCUAAAACGGAUGACUGUGAACGUUUUCCGAGAUCGUUCAUCAUACUGCACACGAUUGUUUGUGCUGAGUUUGUUCAUUCCGUUUAUCUGCACCUUCCUUGGCAAACUCAGGGUUGACCAGUCGAGCAUUCAGGACAGAGUUGGACUGAUGUACCAAACCCUCAUGGUUCCUCCCUACGUGUCUGCCUUCAACACUGCCUUUCUGUUUCCCUCCCUGAGAGAUGUAUACUUCCGGGAAUACAAGGAUGGCCUCUACUCGCCCCUCACCUUCAUCACUGCUUACAUGAUGCACGCAAUACCAUUUCACUUUGUGGCCUCAAUUUUCUUUAGCUCAAUUAUAUAUUGGGUGACAGGUCUGACACCGACCCCGGACAAAUUCAUUAUCUUUUUGUGUCUUGUGUUUUUCCUACACGUGGUCGGUGAGAUCCUGACAGUGGGUGCUAUGACGGUAUUUAUGAACGGUCAAAUGGCAGUUAAUAUUGUCACGCUCAUUCUCACGGCAUCACUCCUGUUUGGAUCUGGACUUCUAAGGAGUAUUGACACAAUGAUUGACCCUCUUCGCUGGCUGGGCUGGUUAACGAUACAUAAAUAUGCUACAGAAAUCCUGGUGGUCAAUGAAUUCCAAGGUCUCCAACUUAUUUGUGAAGACACAGAUAAAUGUCAGUUCCAAACAGGGGAUGAUUACCUGACCAUGUUUUUCCCUAACGCUGUAAAUAAUCUUGGUCGGAACGUUGGCGUUUUAGUAGGAUAUCUCCUUAUAGUUAUCAUAUUUACUAUAAUCGUGUUAAAAAUCAGAGGUGUACCAAAUGUUCAUUAA